AUGCCAUUUUUAUUCUCCAAUCAAGAAGUGCAUCGCCAAAUAAUUGAAAAUGGUUUUGGAAAUCUCCAAAGGGAUCAAAACAUGAAUGUUCGUCAGCGCAGAUUUACCCGUAUGAUUCUGCGUGAGUUUGAUAGAGUUCCGACCACAAGUGUUAGGAGAGUUUCUUGUCCCUUGGGAAUUUCAGCAAGCCAUGUUCACCGUGAUCUUAGAAAUGACCAUAGACGUCCUUACCAUUUGCAACCUGUGCAAGGACUACAGCCAGGGGACGGAGAACGAAGAAUCACAUUUUGUCAGUGGAUUCUUGAUAGAACUGAUAAUAAUAGGGAGUUUUUAAGUAACGUUUUAUGGACCGAUGAGUCAUGCUUCACUAGACGUGGAGUGGUAAAUUUUCAUAAUCAUCAUAUUUGGUCACAUGAAAAUCCGCAUGCAAUUGGUAUCUACCGUAAUCGACUAUUUGGACCCUACCUUUUGCCUGCAAGGUUAAAUGCUGCGACUUUCUUGGAAUUUUUAAAGACUGAACAUGCAAAUAUGUGGGAUGAUCUUGAUGGUUGUCCAGCUCAUUAUUCGAGAAUAGUUAGAAACUGGCUGGACGAAAAUUAUCCAGAAAGAUGGAUCGGCCUUGGAGGACCAACUCCCGUAACCACAAGAGAUAUGCUAAUAGAUAGUAUCAGGAAUGCAUGUGAUGAAAUAAGGCCUCAUUUGAAUAAUGCUAUACCACGUUCGAUCAUUCGUAGAUGUGAAUUGUGUAUUGAACAAUUGGUCAUUAGAAAAAUGGAACUCAACCGAGAACAUUUUCGCGCCAUAAUUUAUUACAACUUUCAGAGACAAUUAUCGCAACAAGAAUGCCUUGCUGAGUUACUGUCUGUUUUCGGCAACGACGCGCCACAUCAGUCGACAAUUUCCCGUUGGUAUGGAGAAUUCAAACGUGGACGGGUGAGUCUUAGCGACGAUCCCAGGGUGGGUGCACCAAAAACGGCAGUCACCCAGGAAAACGUCGAUGCUGUGCGCAAACUCAUCAUUGAAGAUAGACAUACCUCAGUUCAAAAAAAUUUGCAUGAAGAAUUAGGAGUAAGACAAUUAGUUUCUGCAGCCAGGGUUAAUUGGUGUCAAAAAACGCUUGACCGUUUCAAUUCCGGAAGCUCAAAAAAUGUGUACAGGAUUGUUAGUGGUGAUGAAUCGUGGAUUUACUGUUGUGAACCAGAAAAUAAACGACAGUCGGCUCCAACAAAAAUCAUCAGUUCUCGAAGUGUUUCGAAAAAGAUGGUCUCGACAUUUGUGUCAAAAGCGGGUCAUAUUGCAACGAUUCCUCUUAAUGAGCAAAGAAAUAUUACUGCGGAGUGGUAUACCACCAUUUGUUUGGCAAAAGUCAUCACCGAGCUUCGAAAAAUCAAACCCGAAAGAAGAAUCAUCCUCCACGAAGAUAAUGCAAGCUCGCACACAGCCCAAAAAACAAGGCAGUAUUUAACGAAAGAAAACGUGGAAUUAUUUGACCAUCCUCCAUAUAGUCCCGAUCUAAGUCCUAACGAUUUAUUUACUUUCCCGAAAAUUAAAAACAGACUGCGUGGCCAAAGGUUCCAGUCACCAGAAGAAGCAGUUGACGCAUUCAAAUAUGCCGUUUUGGAUCUGCCAGCAAACGAGUGGAAUAAGUGCUUCGAAAAUUGGUUCGAGCGCAUGCAGAUGUGUAUUAAUCUUCGUGGAGAAUACUUCGAAAAACAAUCAAGUCAUUUAAAACUACCUACCGUGGUUUGGGAUGGUCUUAAUUGA